GGCCUCCAGUCUACUAUGGAUGAGGAGAGAGAGGAGGGGGGUCCUACCUCUAGGACCACUCUGUCUGGGGAAGAUGGCCGCCGGAGCAAAGCUAAGAGCCCAGAGCAGCAGGAGAGAGCAGACUCCCCUGGACCCAGCUGUGUCUCCAUGAAGAGUGACCGGUCUAUGGGUUUUCCUCCUAACUUUAAAGAUGAACGCCCCUCCAGAGAGGAGAGCCCAGAGGAGCAGGAGAGAGCAGACUCCCCUGGACCCAGCUGUGUCUCCAUGAGGAGUGACCGGUCUAUGGGUUUCCCUCCUAACUUUAAAGAUGGACGCCCCUCCAGAGAGGAGAGCCCAGAGGAGCAGGAGAGAGCAGACUCCCCUGGACCCAGCUGUGUCUCCAUGAGGAGUGACCGGUCUAUGGGUUUUCCUCCUAACUUUAAAGAUGAACGCCCCUCCAGAGAGGAGAGCCCAGAGCAGCAGGAGAGAGCAGACUCCCCUGGACCCAGCUGUGUCUCCAUGAAGAGUGACCGGUCUAUGGGUUUUCCUCCUAACUUUAAAGAUGAACGCCCCUCCAGAGAGGAGAGAAAACCCCACCAGAGGUCAACGGUUACCAGUGCUCAGUCUGUACAGCAGCAUCAAACAGAGCUGAUCAAGAGGGCUGAGGAGAACGCUCACGCUUUCCUAGACAAGGAGCUGAAGAAACUCUGGAGGGAUCUCUUCUCAGAUUACCCACAAUGCUCAGGGAGUCAGAGGGAGGAGGAGGAGGUGGAUGGUAAGAACGAGGAGCAGAGGAGGCGCGGCAUACAGGGAGUGGUGGACAUCACAAAGCUCUGCCUGAUGGAGAUGAACCAGGAGGAACUGGCCGACACACUAGGGGAAAGAUCUGCUGCUGUCGAGUGCCAACACAAAAUUAAGUCUCUUUUGAAGAAGAAAUUAAAGUGUGUGUCUGAGGGAAUCACUAAAGCAGGACAGCCAACAGGCCUGAAUGACUUCUACACAGAGCUCUUCAUCACAGAGAGAGGCAGUGGAGAGGUCAACAAGGAACAUGAGGUCAGACUGAUUGAAACAGCUUCCAGGAGACCGGCCAAGAAGGAAACACCAAUAAAAUGUGAAGACAUCUUUAAACCCUUACCUGAUCAAGAUCAACCAAACAGAACAAUUAUGACAACAGGAGUGGCCGGCAUUGGUAAAACCGUGUUAACACAAAAGUUCACUCUUGACUGGGCUGAAGACAAAACCAACCACGACAUACACUUUACAUUUCUCUUAACUUUCAGAGAGCUGAAUUUACUGAAAGGGAAAGAGUUUAGCAUGGUGGAACUUCUUCAUCACUUUUUUAUUGAGAUCAAAGAAGCAGGAAUCUGCAGAUUUGACCUGUUCCAAGUUGUCUUCAUCUUGGAUGGUCUUGAUGAGUGUCGACUUCCUCUGGACUUCCAGAACAACCUGACCUGGACUGAUGUUACAAAGCCGACCUCAGUGGACGUGCUGCUGACAAACCUCAUCAGGGGCGACCUGCUUCCCUCCGGUCACAUCUGGUUAACCACACGCCCUGCAGCAGCCAAUAAGAUCCCUGCUGAGUGUGUUGACAUGGUGACGGAGGUGAGAGGGUUCACUGACCAACAGAAGGAGGAGUACUUCAGGAAGAAAUUCAGAGAGGAGAAGCUGGCCAGCACAAUCAUCUCCCACGUCAAGAAAUCAAGAAGCCUCCACAUCAUGUGUCACAUCCCAGUCUUCUGUUGGAUCACUGCUACAGUUCUGGAGGACAUCUUCAAAACAUCUAAGAGAGGAGAAGAGGUGCCUAAGACCGUGACUCAGUUGUACAGCCACUUCCUGAGGGUUCAGUCCAUACAGGGGGGCAUGAAGUAUCAUGGGAGAGCUGAAACAGAUCCACACUGGAGUUCAGAGUGCAGGGAGAUCAUCGUUUCUCUGGGAAAACUGGCUUUUAACCAGCUGGAGAAAGGCAACCUGAUCUUCUACGAGGCAGACCUGACAGAGUGUGACAUCAAUAUCAAAUCAGCUUCAGAGUACACAGGAGUGUUCACCCAGAUCUUUAAAGAGGAGUUUGGGCUGUACCAGGACAGUGCGUUUUGCUUUGUCCAUCUGAGCAUCCAGGAGUUUCUGGCUGCCCUUUAUGUCUUUCUGUCCUUCAUCAACAGGCGGGUCAAUCUGCUCACAGAAGAAGCACCAACCUCUGGUGAAGAUAACCUCCUCCACCUCUACCAGCAUGCUGUGGACAAGGCCUUAGAGAGUGAGAACGGACACCUGGACUUGUUCCUCCGCUUCCUCCUGGGCCUCUCUGCUGAGACCAAUCAGAUUGUCCUCCAGGGUCUGCUGGCACAGAAAAAUAGUAGAUCACUGAUCACUCAGAUUAAAAAUGUUCUGCUGGGACAGAGAGGAACUAGCCCACUGACCAAUAAGGAAACUUACAUCACAUUAGUGUCUUACAUCAAGAAGAAGAUGAAUGGAGAUCUCUCUCCAGAGAGAAGCAUCAACCUGUUCCACUGUCUAAAUGAGCUGAACGACCAUUCUCUAGUGGAGGAGAUCCAGCAGUACCUGACAUCAGGAAGUCUCUCAAGAGAAUCUCUCUCCCCUGCUCAGUGGUCAGUUCUGGUCUUCAUCCUACUGACAUCAGAAGAGGAGCUGGACGUGUUUGACCUGAAGAAAUACUCUGCUUCAGAGGAGGGUCUUCUGAGGCUGCUGCCAGUAGUCAAAGCCUCCAAAACAUCUCUGUUAAAUGGCUGUGAGCUGUCAGAGAGAUGCUGUGAAGCUCUGGCCUCAGUUCUCGGCUCCAACUCCUCUAGUCUGAGAGAGCUGGACCUGAGUACCAAUGAUCUGCAGGAUUCAGGAGUGAAGCUGCUCUCUGCUGUACUGGGGAGUCCACACUGUACACUGGAAACUCUCAGGUUAAAUGGCUGUAAGCUGUCAGAGAGAUGCUGUGAAGCUCUGGCCUCAGUUCUCAGCUCCAACUCCUCUAGUCUGAGAGAGCUGGACCUGAGUACCAAUGAUCUGCAGGAUUCAGGAUUGAAGCUGCUCUCUGCUGGACUGGGGAGUCCACACUGUACACUGGAAACUCUCAGGUUGUCUGGCUGCCUGGUCACACAGGAAGGCUGUGCUUCUCUGGCCUCAGCUCUGAGCUCCAACCCCUCCCAUCUGAGAGAGCUGGACCUGAGCUACAAUCACCCAGGAGACUCAGGAGCUGCGCUGCUCUCUGCUGGACUGGAGGAUACACGCUGGAGACUGGAUACUCUCAGUGUUGACCACGGUGGAGUGGGGAGGCUGAAACCAGCUCUAAAGAAGUAUGCCUGUGAACUCACACUGGACCCAAACACGGCCCACAGAUACCUCACUCUGUCUGAGGAUAACAGAAAGGUGACGCGGGUUGGUGAGGACCAGUCGUAUCAGAAUCACCCAGAGAGAUUUGACCGCUGGUCCCAGGUGUUGGUUAGAGAGGCUCUGACUGGCCGCUGUUACUGGGAGGUAGAGAGGAAAGGACGUGUUGAUAUAGUAGUAACAUACAGAGGAAUCACAAGGAGAGGAUGGGUUGAUGACAGCAGGCUUGGAUGGAACAACAAGUCCUGGAGUCUUGUUUGUGAUGAUGAUCGUUACUCUGCCCUGUACAAUGGUAUAGAGACAGCCCUCCCUCUCCCCCCCGCUGGCUCCACCAGAGUAGGAGUGUAUCUGGACCGGCCUGCUGGCUCUCUGUCCUUCUACAGAGUGUCCCCAGGUGGAGGAGGGUCCUCAGACACACUGACACACCUCCACACCUUCUGGUCCUCCUUCACCCAGGAGGACCUCCUCCCUGGGUUUGGGUUAUUGGAAAGUCAGCUGGGUGCAUCAGCGUCUCUGUGUUGGGUUUAGGGUGGGGUUAGUGUGGGGGUCCUCCUCAGUGUCUCUGUGUCGGUUGUAGAAAAAGCGUGUUACUGUAGUUGAAGCAGUUUUUUCAUCUGACCCACUAGAUCUCGCUCUCUCUCUUUACUGUUCUUCCUUGGUUAGUGGCUGGGUACGAGACAAACGCAUUAAUGAUGAACGAUUGGCUGAGGUAGAGUAACAUGUCACGGUAAGCCAAUCAGAGGUAGAGUUGGGGGGUGUUGUUUCAACACUUUCAAAAGCACGCAUAGUCGGACACACAACGGCACCAGUGAGUCAACGUGAAACAGGAAUGGCGAGCCCAAAUAAUCCUAAAACAGCCUUCUUUAAAUGGAAGUAUAGUAUAGCCAUUACUUUUCCCUCCAAGAAAUGAAAGGAACGCGUGUAAUCGUGAAAUGCACAUUAUGCCACGUCAGUGUCAGGUAAUUCAAACAUUGUUCAACGUUGCAUGCUUCCGUGCAUUCCAUGCUUUAGUGCAUGAACGUGAACGUGUAUAUUGAGUUCCGUUAAAGAGGGGUGGGGGUGGACGUGGGGUCCAAAUUAUUUGACAAAUUUAAUAAUUUAAAAGAAAUUACUUGAAAGUAACGCAAUAGUUACUUUCCACAGUAACUAGUUACUUUCAUAAUUGGUAAUGGAGUAACUACUUUAGUUACUUUUUGGGAGAAGUAAUUUGUUACUGUAACUAAUUACUUUUUUAAAGUAACUUGCCCGACACUGGUGUUCAGUUAUUAAAGAUAUGUGCACACCUGUUGAUGAUUUUUAAUGUCUUCUGCUUUUAUUGUUUUAGUCCUUGUGUUUAUUGUGUACAUGUAAGGGACUAUUUUUCUGUUGUUUUUGUUAAUGAGGCAUAAUUGUAAUAAACAACUCAGUGGAUCCAACUGAAUGUUCUCGUGUGUUCAGCCGAUGAUCAUUCUCGUUUUAUAAGUAAAUAAUGCUUACCUAAGUGCCUUA